UAAGAAGUCUAAGUUUUACACAAUCUGGAUUUUCUUCCAUCCGGGACCUUACCGUAAAGAAGCUUUUUCGUAUCUUAUUAUGAUCGCAUAAGCGUUGGUAUCGAUAAAUCUGUUAUCUGUCCGUGUUAUCGCUGUGUAUGAUAAACUUGAAAGUAUAAUAAACUGAAAUGUUUGGGAAGUAUUUGUUAAUUGCAGCAUAUCUUGGAUUUGCUGCAUCUUCGCUAAAUGUCACAUCGGGGCCAUCGGCAGAUGGUGUGCCCCGAUUGGACCUAGCUAGUUUAGAAAGUGGAUACCAUGGGUUGGUCAAAGAAAAUGAGACACUUGUAGAAGUCACACCACGAAUUAAGGCUGUUGGUGGAGACAUUUGUAGUUUCCGAAUUGUCAACAAACACCAUGGUGAAGCACCAUUUGAGAUUGUAUUGAAGCCAGGAGGUGAAGCUGAACUGCGGGCUCGAAAGGCUCUCAACUGUGAAAAGAGGAAAAACUACAAAUUUGACAUUGCGGCUGUCACUUGUACUGGUGAAGUCUCAGACAAUGCAACAGUUCAUAUCUCGGUGGUUGAUAUUAAUGAAUAUGCACCAACAUUUUUGGACCCAUCUUAUGUAUGUCAAGUGGACGAAGGCCGCUUGUACGAAGAAAUUGUGCGUGUGGAGGCUACUGAUCGAGACUGCACGCCCAAAUACGGAGAUGUCUGUAAAUAUGAAAUUCUGACCAGUGACCAGCCUUUCACAAUUGAUAAUGAAGGUGCUAUUCGUAACACAGAACCUCUGGACUAUGAAAGGAGCCACAAUCACAUUCUCUCAGUGGUUGCAUAUGAUUGUGGUAUGAAGCAAUCUGUCCCUGUCAUGGUCACUAUUAAAGUGAAUCGUAUCUGCAAGCUUGGUUGGAAAGGUAUCCCAGAAAGGAUUGACUAUGCACCAGGAACAGGGAGAGAAGAUCUGUUCCCAGAUGCUGAAUUGGAACUUUGUGAUGUUCCCUGCACUGUUCACAGUGUAGAGACAAAAUUGAACUUGGCAACAUCUCACAUAGGCAAGGGUUGUGAUAGAGACACUUAUUCAGUGCAGAGUCAGCGCAAGCUUUGUGGAGCUAGUAUGGAGAGUGUAGAUCUUCUCCCCAGUCCGGGUAUUGGUUCUGAGUGGACCAAAUCCCUUCCUACUGAUGAAGGCCGAGAAUCAGACCAAAUCUUUGAGUUUGAUGGUGCUAGCUCAGCUGUUGCAAUUCCAUCUGAUGUACUUGAUCACAAUCUUGCUUCAGUGUUCACAAUUGCAACAUGGAUGAAACACAAGCAACAUCCUGAUCAAGAUAAACAUGUCAAAGAACACAUCAUUUGCUCUGCUGAUGACCACAAGAUGAACCGACACCACUAUGCACUGUUUGUACGCAAUUGUAGGCUGAUUCUUCUGUUGCGACGUGACUUCUCAGAAGGUGACCUGAACAUCUUCCGUCCGGCAGAAUGGCGGUGGAAGCUGCCUCAGGUUUGUGACAAUGAAUGGCAUCACUAUGCAGUCUCUGUGAAAUUCCCUGAGGUCUCACUGUAUGUUGAUGGUCAACUGUUUAAGACUGAGAAGAAAAACCCUGAAAUCAUUGAUGACUGGCCUCUGCAUCCUACAAAGGGUAUUAACACUACAGUUACCGUUGGAGCUUGCUGGCAAGGAUCUGACAACAAGAUGAAACAUCAUUUCCAUGGUUAUCUGGCUGGUCUGUCUGUCCUCCUUCACAAGACUGAGAAGCCUGAGGUGCUGAGCUGUUUACAUAAAUGUAAGGAAAGCCUGGAAGUUCCAGCCAUGGAAUUACUUGAACCUGGCAUGGAGCUCCUUACAAACAGUGACUUAACUGAACUCAGCAUUGAGGGUGACAACAAAACAAAUCUGGUGAUUCUUGUAAGGAAGAUUGGCUAUACAAAUACACGUCAGUUUCCUACACCUGGUAGGCGCAAUCUUCAUCUGUCAACAUCUGUCACCUGUGAACGUGGUCGACCUGUGAAGGUGCCUAGUGUAGAGAGUUAUGUCAUGGUGCUUCAGCCACAGCAGCCUAGCAUCGAUAUCAAUGGAACAGGCAAUGUGGCACGUGAAUAUGAAGAUUUCAGACUUGGAGUUCGAGUUUUUACUGAUGUACACAUAACUGUUGGUCAAGUCAAAGGCCAGAAACAAUGGAAACAUGGAGAGCCAGUGAGUGUGAUUGAGAAACAGCUAGAUUCUUGUACUGUUUCUGUGUAUCCUCCACUCAAUCCUGAUCAUGAGACAGUAACUCUGCCUGAAAACAUGUUGACUCAGUUUGGAAUUGUUGCUAAAGUUAAUAAGGAUGGCGUUGUUGUUUCUGGAGCUGACAUGAUCUACAAUUAUGAACAGGUGUUGCGUCAGGUUCAGUACACCAAUAAGAAACCAGCUUAUUAUCUGAACCGUGUGUUCAAGCUUAUCUGUUCAGAAUUAAAUGGAAGAUUCAUGAGCAAUGAAUAUGUACAGACACUAACAAUGGUCCACCCAAGAUUACCAGCCAGUAAAGGCUUGAACAUAAAGCCAUCCAGUCCUCCAACCUCAUUGAGCCAACACAGUGACAAGAAAGUAGCUGAAUCAGGUCAUCAUGGCAAUGGAGUGGCAGCUUCAGAAUCAGCACAGGUGCAGGCACAGCCAGCUCAUAUACAUGUGGACAGACAUCAUGCCGAACUGAGACCAGCUCAGACCAUCAGUGAUGUGUAUAUGGCAGCAAAUAUGGAUUCCACACAAGCUGUUGUUGCUGGUGGAAGUCAUGCUGUAACAAUCAUCAUUGUGGUGUGUGUUGGGUUCUUGCUGUUCAUGAUUGUCCUGGGAGUGAUUCGUAUCCGAGCAGCGCAUCAUCGUGCUGCACAGGAAGAGAUUGCUGAUACAGAAAUGGCCUGGGAUGACUCUGCUCUUACUAUCACAGUGAAUCCAAUGGAGGUACAACUGGAUGGGUCUGCCAGUCAGACUGGAGGUCAAGCAGGAGAUGGUGGUAAUCAAGCAGGCAAUGGUGAUGCUGCAGGUGGUGGUGAUGAUGAUGAUGAUGACUCAUCAGAUGAUGGUUCAAGUUAUCAUGAUGAUGAUUUGGACUCAUCAGAUGAGGAGGAAGAAGAAGGUGCAGAAGGAGGAAAGGUUAAGGACCUUGAGUGGGAUAACUCAACACUUGCCAUCUAGAGGGGCAGAAUUCAGGGUGCAAUAUGUCUACUGCCUACUGACAUAGCUGGUCUGCCCCAUUUCUGGACAAAGCAUCCAGAAAAACUCUACUUUAUUACCAGGUAUGUUUCUAAUAAUUGCAUAGAUGUACCUAAGGCAAAAUUGGAUUCAGUCCCAUACAAAACAUAAAAACAGUAUCCUUCAUUACAGAAGUAAAAAAUAUAUAUAUAGCUUCCGGCCACAUUCGUAGAGUUUUGGCAAGUCAUCAGUAAUAAUGUAUUUACAUUUGUUUCUGACCAAUCACUAAGCACCACAAUUAUGCAGCCAUACCUUAUCUAGUAUGAACAUAUAAAAUUGUAAUUUUGAAGGUAUUAGUCUUCAUAUCAGGAUUGUUUCAGUUCGGUGAAUAAUUUGAACACAAACUUUUCAGUUGAUGUCUUGUUGUAGUUUUGUUGAUUCCCAGUGCUUAUGAGUAUGAUUAUGUUAUAAAAUCAACAUAAUAUAAGCUGGCAGUUACUUUAUUUUUCAAUAUCCAAAUAUGUUAUGUUGAACCAACAAAUUCACUAUUGGUUUUUCUUGCCAUGUAACUAGUAGUAGUUGUUUUUCGUCAUUGAUGUGUGUGAAAAUAGGGGAAACAUUCAGGGUUGGUUCAUUUAAACUAGGUGAAAGACCUGUAAUAUAUAUUUUUUUAACUGUAAUUUUACUUUGUUAGUCAAGUUGUGUAGCGAAUGACCGUCAUAGGUUAUUAUGUGUGCAAUGCAUUUAAUGGGGUAAUGUAAAAAUUGAGAAUUUGUUUCACUGUACAGGUGGAAUCUUUAAUAAUUCUCUCUAGCUAUAUUAGCAGGAUAUUAGUUAACUUGCUGGGUGCUUUUGUUUCAUGCUUAUUUCUUGUGCCAAUAGCUUUAUUUUAUAUUAAGUUAUAAUGAACCUCUAAUAAAAAUCUGCGUAGCUAUUUACUGCCUUUUUCACAAAUUCUAAUUUAUAUUAAACUUUAUAAUAUUUCUGUCACAUCCCCCUUUUUAUAUGAAAUAUAGUUCACAUGUGUAUCUUCUGAAAAACAGUGUGAAGAGUAAUUUACCCACCCACCCAAAAAAAAAAGUUCUUGAAAUGAGGGUCCAGCUGGUGAUGACAUACAUCGUGCCAUAAAGCUAUUAUUGAAUGCAGUUAAAUGUGUUCUAUGGGGGGUACCAAAUUUAAUCUUCCUUGGUAAUAAUUAUCCUAGUAGAAUUAAGUAACAAAGGGGUGUGGCAACCAUUUUGUAUAAGUUGCAACCAUGCCACCCAUGGUGUAACAGAAAAUAUACUGAUAUAGAUUCCUAAUUUUAUGUUUUUAUACACUUGCAUUUUUAAGAGCAUACCACAUAAAAUUAUGUUUAUGUUGACCGAGUGGCAGCUUCAUUAAAUAUUUAUCUUUGUGUUUGUAUUUUACUGAAAAGCAAUUCCUAACGGCAGGUUUGAUGUAAAUGUUAUUUUAAUAGCUGUGUAUAUUUUUAAUUAAUGGGGAAACAUUAGACAAAAGUAUUACUAAUUCUUUACACAUAAGAUAUGCCUAGUUACUUGGAAUUUGGGUGUACAUGGUGAGUUUUUAUACUAUUAAAUACUUUUAAUGUAAUGGAAAUACACUUCUGGAAGUUGAGUACUACUGUACAAGAAAAUAAUUGUAAGCAUUAAUCAGUAUUCUGUAAUUUUAGGCAUUGACACAAUGGGCAGCAAAAAGUAACAUUCCAUCUUCAUUUGCUCAAAACUAAUCACUGCUUUUUCCUUCUAAGUAAAGGGGCUGAAUUUUAUUCCCAAACUUUCUGUAUCCUAGAUUGUUUGUAUGCUUUAGUUUAUCUCAGGAAUGGGAUAGUUUUUGUUUUUUCAGAGAUAUUACUAAACUUCUAGAAUCUUGAAACCUUGCAUACCAUGCAUUGUAUUGAUAUAUAAAAUCAUUCGUUCAAACAGAACUGUUUACAAUUGGCAAUAUGUGUCUUUUCAAGUGUAAACAGUUUUGUUUCAAUGCAUGAUUUUAUAUAAACUUGUAGAAGUUAUCAUCUAGUACAGCAUUUGGUUUCUUUCUUUACGUUAAUAAUUUCAUCCAUACUAAUUGUGAAAAGAUUAAUUGCAAAAUGCAGCUUCUUUUAGUUUGAGGUUAGCUCUGCAUUGUUGCAGCCACUUCACUUAUAGUUUCAUGAAAUUUCAAGGAAUUUCCCAUAAUUGGCUUAUGCAAGUAAAAUGAAAAGAAAUUGGCAUGUUAUGGAAUGUCAUUGUGAAACAAAAAAUUGAAAUAUGCAUAUCAUGUGAGAACUGAUUAUUAUUUACACCAGCUGAUUUUUAAUUACUUUCUUUUAAUGUUUUCUUAAAAGCAAUAUGUAACAGUAUUUUUAAUGUUGGUUUUGAAGACUGGCAGAAACAAUGUUUGACCACUGUGAUCGCACAUUUAUCUGUCUGUAAACUCUGUGUUUGAAUGCAAGAAGGAAAAUAGAAAUGGGGAAAAGUGAGUUUGACUAAAGCUACAGAUAUAUCACACAGAGGCAACUUUACUAAUGAGCUUUUUUUAGACAUGAAACUUUUUCCAUUUCUUGCACUUGUGUGAAAAUAAAUCUAUAUAUAGUAAACUAAUCAACACAUGAUGGUCUCAUAUGAAAUGUGCACUUAGUAUCUGUCUGAGCUGAGAGUUGACCUUGAAGCCAUGUUCUGGAUGCUAUCCUAAAAACAUUUCCUCUUACUAAAAAUGUUUUCACCAUUGGAGCAAUCUGCAUUAAAUUUUAAUUCUGUGGGUAUGUUACCAUUAACCUGACUAAUAUACUUAGUCAUAUAUAAAUUAUGAAAUAUUAAAAAUGCAAGAAUGGCAUGAAACACUGGCAAGCUAGAAAACUAAUGGGUAACUGAGAGUUGGCUGUUGUUUCUGUAUUGCAUAUUAGAAUGGUGCUCCUGCACAGAUGGGUACUUCUUUGUGAAGGUCAAGUCAAUUCUCCACUCAGACAGACAGUAUAAAUGCAAGCCUAAUGUUUUAUUAUGGUGUGGGACAACCAUUGAAACCUAAACAUGCUGUUGUAGUUGUGGAAACAAUAUCAUAGUAAGAAGCUUUAUGAAAUAUUUUUGUUGGACUUGUAAUGAUUUAGGCAUGCAAGAAUUAACUAAUAAUACUUAGAAUAAGUAUACAGAUAACAUUAAAACAAUGCACACUCAAGAACAACACAAAUUUAAACAAGAUAUUAAUGGGAUUUUAAAACAAUUAUAUAGGGUUCUAUUAGAUUAAAAAUGUCACUUGAGAAAAUACACAUUUAAUAUUCAUCUUUGCUGUAAGUGGCAUAAGGGGUUUUGUAUGAAGAUGAUCAGAACGUCUUCUGUGUAUUUGUUGCAAGAAUGGUGCUAUUGGUUGUCACUAUAAAGUACUAGUAUGAAGGAAUUGUAUUACAGCUAAAUGGGCAUCAAUCAUCCUUGCAGCAGAGAUAUUACACUAGAAACAGCUGUUGGUAUUAUAGUUUUUUAAACACUUUUGAUAUUUUAAUUUCUGCUAAUGAACUUGAAAGUGAAUCCAUACAGUUUUGUUAAAUGAAGUAAAAGUGUAGUUUUCCAUGUUUGAUUUUACAAAUUCUUAAGAACUUUGUUGUUUAGCAAUUUCAAAAUGGAAAUACAUGUUACUGAUUAUCAUUAUAAUCUCCCUGAAAUUGUCUCUACAAAAGUAGUCUUGAAACUCAUUAACAUUGUAAAGAAAUCAUAAUAAAAUUAAUGAGUUCUGGUACAGAAGUUUGAAGUACCAAGGAAUAAACAGCUAUCAGCAAAACCAUUUUUAAAAUUGUGUGUAAAUGUUUAAGCAGAUGUGAUCUCCCCAUACUUUGUUUUGUCCAGAACAUUCCAAUAAUUUUAUGGUAGGUUCUGUAGGGGAAGAUUUCCAAACUCAGUAUGAAUCAGUCAGAAGUUGUUUUGUAUACUAAGUUGUGAUGUCUAGAUGGUAUCUGUAUUUUGUUUCCAUUAUUUUGAUGAUCGACAAUUAUCAUCAUGUUGUGUUGAUUUAAACAGUAUAGUAUGAUUUCUCUCACUAUCCUUUCAUAUACAUCCUUCAUGAAUUGAAUGAUAUUUUUUAUUACUAUUCUACACAGGAUUCCUUUAAAGAAAGAGCAAUUGAUUUGGGUAGUUCAGAAGAUUUGUUUUUGACGUUGCCUACACAUAUGUAACUGUAUAAAUAGUUAGCAAGUUAGAAAGGUGAUUGUGAAAAUUAGAUGCUAGAUCAGUCUUGUUUCACUUUCACUGUUGAAAUUUUAUGACACACCUUGAUUGUCCACUAAACCAAUUAAGACACAGUUUCUUACAUCAAAUGUUCAAGCAAGGUUUGAUUGUUAGUAAGAUUUUUCAAGAUUCAUGAUUAUAUAUAAUUAUUAACAAGGAAGGGUCUAGUUUCAACAGUGGGAGGUGAUGCUUUAGACACAUUAAUAACCUAUUCAAUGUUGUACUUAAUUCACUGGUAGCCUUGAAGUUUUUAAUUUUUAACAAGAAUAAAUAUACAAUAUAAAAAAGAGAAAGCAAUCCUUGGGUUAUGUUUGAAGGACGUACUCAGGAAUAUGAAUGACAGAAUUAAAAGAAAGUAUGCCUCAAGCUGACUUCUGAUAUGAAGUGAAACAAAAUAGGUAGUGGUCAAUGAAUGAAAGAUUUUUUCUGGCCUGAUUUGCAAGGAAAUAAACCUUUUUGUCUGCCAAGGAAAAUGAGGUGUAGGUUGUACUUCAUUUCUGUCUUUCUGUCGUGUUAACUGUGGGAUAUUUGCCCAAAUUGGAGUAACUAAUAAUUGAAGCAGCUGUGUUAUAUAUUAGAUGGUGUGAAAAAAUAUAUUGAUAUAAUAUCUGAUUCAUAUUAUGCAGCAAGCACAAGUAAUUUGUACAGUAUGUGGAUAAAAACAGUUGAAUGUCAUUUUUCUGUCCUUGGGAUAAUAAUAUUAAUAAUGUACCACAAAGUUGUUUUGAAAUAAAGCCCUACACCCAAAACAGAAACAUA